AUGUCAUUCUCAAGAUCGGCAGAAAUGCGGUACCUUAUCAAAGGUAGCACUAAGGUUAACGGAACAAUCCGGAUGUCCGAUAUUAAGGUGUUUAUGCCAAAUGUCGGUGGAAAGGAACAAAGCGUAUACAAAUUCAGUUCCAAUCAAUUCAAUUUCGGGGAUGGAAAUGAAAACAAUGGGAACAUAGUGUUCUUGAGAUCUGCAACUUCUCAAGUUGAGUGUGACGUGGUUAAAUACUGGACAACUACCUCAAAAAUUUACUGCGACACAAGAGCUGCCAUUCCUGGAGUAUAUUCCGUUUAUGUUACGGUGGAUGGUGUUGAAGUCGAUUCUUACUGCAAUAGCCAAUCUUGCAACUUUGAGUACCGUGACGGAUCAACACCCAAGAUCACAAGUGUUACUCCCCGAGCAUGUACGCCAGACAAUGUGAUUACUGUUAAUGGCUUUGUUGUAUCCGAUAUUGUAUCGGACACUCAAACGGAAUUUGAAGACUACGAGGAUUCGAAUACAGCCAUUACGCUAAAAAGAGUGUACAUGGGUGCUAGUAUCUGUGACCUCGUCGACCAAGAAACUGGUACUGUGUAA